AUGUCGUCGCCUUCACCGAACCAGGCUGCUUCGUCGCCAGUGGCGCCGCAGACACUUUUGAUCGAAGAGGAGUUAGGGGCUGGAGCGAUUGAAGUCGACAACAACGAUGGCGACUCUGCCUAUGCUCCCACGUUGGUGACCGAUACGACCUCUCUCCGGUCCUCGAUCAUGCAUUACAAGUGGGAGUACGGGCGCCGCUUUCACGCCCUAGACGAUGGCACAUACUGGGCCGCGAACGACGAAAGACAGCAGAACGCAGAAGAUUUAGUUCACGAGAUGUACCGAAACAUUCUUGAUGAGGAAUUAACACUAGCCCCGAUCCCGGAUAACAUUCAGAAAGUCUUAGACAUAGGGUGUGGGACAGGAAUCUGGGCCAUUGACUUUGCAGAUUUGCAUCCAUCAGCAGAGGUUAUUGGCGUAGACCUUUCACCUAUACAACCAGCUUGGGUUCCGCCCAAUUGCAAGUUCGAAAUUGAUAAUAUCAACAGAGAUUGGACCUAUGCGAAGAACUCAUUUGAGUUUAUACACAUCCGUGCUAUGACGGGAUGUGUCCCGAACUGGGUUCAAUUUCACCGAAAAGCCCUUGAGCACCUUGUUCCCGGUGGAUGGGUUGAGCAGGUAGAAAUAUCCUGCCUUGUUCAGAGCGACGACGGCUCCCUCUUACCGGACGCAGCGCUGGUGCGAUGGGGCCAGAUUUUUGGACAGGUAGGCGAGAAAAUGGGCAACAGCUUCCGGGCCUGCGAGCUUGCAGCAGAUGCGAUUAAAGAUGCAGGCUUUGUCAAUGUCCAAGAACGCCGCAUCAAACUCCCCAUCGGAACCUGGCCUAAAGACGUGAAAUUGAAGAGCUGGGGUGCCUGGAACCGGAUGUUUUUGCUGCAAGCACUCGAGGGAUUUGCCGUUCGGGGUCUGACGAGUAUGUUGGGGUGGUCAAUCGAGGAGGUGCAGCUGUAUCUUGUCGAAGUGAGGAAGGAGCUGAACGACCCAAAAAUCCACUCAUACAUCGACAUGUGUGUUGUCAUAGGCCAGAAGCCCACAGCUGAGAAGUCAUUGAUUGCAACGGUGACCAUCGAAAUGAUUCGCACUGGCCCGACGACGCCGAUCGUGAUCGCCCUGAUGGGGAUCGGUGGAGCUGAACGCGAACGCUUUCUGGAGGCCCUUGUCGACACUACCUUGUCGACUUCGUGCACCGAAACUUCAGUGUCCUCGGUGUCCCGUAUCGCUAAAGGAAUGAUCGAUGGGGAGAAAGUAUGGCUGGUCGAUACCCCUGCGACAGUCUCGGAUGACGAGAUGGUUGAAGCAGUGAGAACGGCACUGGGCCACGAACUGCAACAAGAAGACAUCACCGUACAUGGCCUUAUCUGCAUCCAAGACAUAAACGAAAUAUGCAUGCACGACACGGCAGAGGAGAAUGUCACAGUGUUCAAGAAGCUACUGGCGCCAACUCUCGGGAGCAACGUCAUGAUUGUCACCGCGCUCUGGGAUGAACUCAGAUCCGCCGUCCAGGGAUUCCGCGCCGAGUUCGCGUUGAAGGCCAUCUACUCUUCGUCAUAUCCAGCUGUUACCGUGAACCGGGUGGAAGACUCCCGCGAUGACGACGUUGGGGAUAUCUACCUCGGAAUGAUUCAAAGCUUGAUUGUCAAAAUGAAAUCCACAGAGGACGACCAAGAGUCUGCGGCGAAGCCUCGGACCAGCCCAGCUACUUUGCAGCUCCACAGAAUCAUCGACAAGAAAGACAAUGAUCUGGCAAGUCUCCGAGCCGAGAUUGGCGUCCUGAAGGACAAGUUUGACGGGCAGUCGGAAGUGCUGUUGAAGCUCUCCCACGAGAAAGAAUGCCUGCUGGACAAGCUCGAGCAGGCCGAGAAGCAGGUCCAGCAGCUGAAGGUGCAGCUGGAGGAGCAAGAGAGCAAGCUCUUCGUCGAGACCAAUGUUAUGAGGGAGCAGUUUGAUGCCAAGUGGAAAGCCGUGGAAGCCAGGCUUCACGAGUCGGAGAGAGACCGUGACAGCCUCACUCGCCAGAUGGACCUGCUUUCCCUGGACGUUUCUUCACGACAGGAAGAGACAGAAGAGGAACAGGAACAACAGGAGCAGACGCAAUCGAAGCAGCGAGAGCUCAACCCGAGCCUCAAUGUGCUCGACUCUCGCGGCGAGUUCGAGCUCUAUCGCGCCGCAGCAGGUGGACACUACAACCAAGUGAAAGAGCUGCUGGAGCAAGGCGCUGACGCUUGCAUGUGCACUAAUUUCCAGUGGACGGCACUGCACUGGGCGUCCAGCAACGGGCAUCCCAAAGUCGUGGAGCUGCUUCUGUCGUACGGCGCCAGCCCGAACGCCACAUCGGACUCGGGACAGAAGCCGCUGGGAAUGGCUAGGACAGACGAGAUUCGAGAGAUUCUGCUGAAGUAUGGGGCUACAGAGUAG